CAAACGGGUAUGACAUACACAUUUUUAAAAGCGUACUUUGAUGAUAACAACAAAAUUUUGUUACAAGCAGAUAAACCAGUUUACCUCUGUCAGUACUGUUUUGUUUUAUCAUACUUUAUCUAAAUACAAGAUAUGAAGUUAAAUUUAACAUUGAUAUCUAUUAGAUUAUUUCUCCACAAAUAUGGCGGAAAGUGGGAGUAAACCUGAAAUUCAAACAGGAAAAGAGACAGAUACCUUGACUCAGGAUAUAGAAGAACAAGGAUCGAGUCAGCUCAAGGCGAGAAAAGACAGAAAAGUUAGUGUUGAGUGCUUCAAGCACGAUGGAAAACCAAUUGAUGUAUAUUGCAAUGACCAUGACACAGUAUGCUGUUCCAUGUGUAUUGAGAGCGGACACAGGUCAUGUAAGAAUAUAAAAGCUAUUCAUGAUGUAGCUAAAAGGGAAUUGGUAACAGAAAAACUGCCAGCACUUCGUAUCAACAUACAGGGUGACCAAAAAGAACUGCUUGCUAAAAAGAGCACGAAACAAGCAGUAUUAGUAAGUCUUUAUCAAACAAAAGAUGUCAUACAGAGGGAAAUACGAGGUUUCAGAAUGAGAAUAAAUGACCGUUUGGAGAAAAUAGAAAAGGAUAGUACAGGUGAAGCUGAUGAUAUUUUCAAAUGGAGACUACAGCAGGUGCUAUCUGAAAUUAAAGAUAUUGAUAAUACUCUAACACAUUUAGAUAGAAGCCAUGAACAAAUUACACAAGCUAAGGUCGAAAGCGGCGUUAUUGAUGCAUUUAUUCAUUUGAAAAUAGCUAACGAAUGCCGGAAUGAAAUCGAUGCACUGGAGAAAAAAAUGGGAAAUUAUUGCGAAGAAUUCAGUCUGAAGUUUUAUCCUAAUCAGAAAAUGGAAAGAUGCCUGGAAAAACUCGGACAUAUCGGCCAAUUCAGAGAAAUAUCAACUGCUAUAUGGCAUGCUGAUGUAAACGUAAAAGUUCCGGACGACGCCUUUCCGUGUGAAGUUAGUGGUUUUUCGCAAACCAACGACGGAAGUAUUUAUAUAACAGAUUACGUCAAUAUGCGUUUGAAGAAAAUGCAAAUAUCGGGAGAAUCAUACAGCAUUACAAACACCUUGGAUUUGCCAUCAUUUCCCUGGGGAAUUUGUCAAAUAGAUGAAAGAAGGCUUAUGGUGACUUUGAAACAAGCAAGCACUGUUCUCAUAAUCUCUUUAGAUGAACCUUUGUCAGUGGAAAGUCAUUUCGAUGCUGGGGAUAAAAUUCGGGGGAUAGCGUAUUUUGAUGGAAGCGUUUAUGUGUGCUGUGGUGGUUCCAAGAUCUACAAUGAAGGUGUCGGUCGUUUGGAAGUAUACGGUAUAAAUGGAAAAAUACUGAGAGCCUAUUUUGAACAUUUUUCAUGCCCAAGUGAUAUAAAAAUAUCAGAAACGGGGACAGAAAUAUAUGUCUCAGAUGCAUAUAACGGGAUGAUUGUCGUCGACAACGACGGGCAUUUGCUUUACAAAAUCGACCUGCCAGAGCUUGAUGUCCUUUGUGGGGUAUGUAAGAUUGGAAGCGACAAGUCAUGUAUCGCAGGAUUCAAAUCCAACAAUAUCGUACUUGUCAAUGAACAAAACCUCAGAUACAACGAAAUACUUGGCAUCACCGACGGAAUAGAGCUUCCGAAAGGAUUACACUACGAUGAAAAGAAGUCCAUCUUAUUUGUUUCUAUGGGGAGAUCAGAUUUGAUCAAACUCUUUAAACUUGAAUAAUAGAUAACCCCAGGACAUAUGUGCUGUUUUUACAACCCAAAUGUUCUUGCAUACGUAUACAAUGCACAUAAUGUAGUGUGAUUAUAUUGAGCAAAAUAUGUAACUGAGAAAAUGCCUAUGUUGUAAAUUAAUGUGUACAUAGAUAUGAAAACUCUACACAGCGCAAUGGCAUCAUAAAUGUAUUACAUCGAGUUUAUACUGCAAGCACUUUGGUUGAAUUUGACAUAAAUGAAUAUAUAAAUCAUUAUAUAAAUUUUAUUAUACGAUAUAUCCUGUCACUUCGAUUCUUCAGUAUAAAUGAUUGUAGAUUUAAGAUUAAUUUUAUUUAAUAUGUGUAUCAUCGAUACAUGUAAAUAAAAUAAAAAGUUAAUAGAAUAUUGCACGACUUGCAUGC